AGAUUAGGGUUUAAGGGUUUCAAAUUCAAAACCAGUUGUAUAGGGUUUUACUCUCCCCUCAGUUUCGUUUCUUCUUCCCCGCCGAUCCGUCUUAGGUUUUGCUCGCUCUGUAAAUUCACCAUCGAAUUCCAUUGAGCUGUUCAUUUGUGGUGAUAUUGAUCAUAUUGUUCAACAUGUCGUCUCUAAGGAAUGCUGUUAGCCGACGCGCCCACAAGGAGCGAUCUCAACCGGAAUCGAGGAAAAAAUUUGGGUUUCUUGAAAAGCACAAGGACUAUGUUGAGCGUGCUAAGGCGUACCACAACAAGGAGGAGACUUUACGGAGGCUGAAGGAAAAAGCAAGAUUUCGAAACCCAGAUGAGUUCGACUUCAAGAUGAUCAACAGUCGAACUGUUGAUGGAGUCCAUAAAACAGAGGGUCAGGCAAACAAGUACACUCCUGAAGAGCUUUUGCUUAUGAAGUCCCAAGAUAUUGGAUAUGUCCUGCAGAAAGUGCAGAGUGAGAAAAAGAAAAUUGAAAAGAUGACUGCAACUCUGCAUUCACUUGAUAAUCGGCCUUCAAACAGACACGUUUACUUUGCUGAAGAUAGGGAAGAGGCUAAAGAGCUUCAGUCACGUGGUUCAAGAGGGGAAAUGUUGCCCGGUUCUCAGAGUGUUCCUGUUCAUAUUCGAAGGAAAACAGCAGCUUCUUAUGGGGAGCUUAAAGCAAGGAGAGAAAGAGUCCAAGAUCUGGAGAAAGUAUAUAUGCAGAUGGCAAUGCAGAAGGAGUUAAAGAAAAAGGGGAAGAAACGCAAACUCCGUGAAGAUGAGAUGGUGAAUCCAACAUCCGAACCUGUAUUCAAGUGGCGGGCAGAGCGGAAGCGUUGAAAAGGAAAUGAUGUGUGGCAGAAAAGAACACUUUCAAUGUAUGGAGCUAAUGCAUUGAUAUAAUGUAACUGCCCAAGUUAAACGUAAUUCCAAUAUUCUACUCGCCUACUCCCAACAGGGAGGGUCUGUUGUGCAGCGCUGUAUGGUAUACAUACACAUACAGAAGUUUGUGCCCAUGCUUUGCAGGGGUGGGUGGGUGUUCUGUUUUGAAUUUUUUUGCCUUCAGAGCAGGCUGCAUAGCAUGCAGCGCUGUAGGGGAGAAGUUUCCUUAAACUUAGAUGCCACUACCUUUCAUGACGCAUAGUCAUACGAUACUUUGAAAUUUUUGUUGGCUGAUAUUAAGCGAUUAUAUUAUUUUGUUUUCCUAUGUGAACUUGGAGUGAGACUCAUUUCCUUCUGUUUUUUUGGAUUAAUUAUAUAACACCAUUCGAACUAUGAUGUUAUUUUUAUUUUCAUACAUAACUAUAAAAAAUUUGCAUUUUCAUACCCG